ACGCCAUCGACAAGGUUCCCUUCACAUCUUCUCUCUUUUCCACCAUGUCCAUCACUAAAAUUCACGCUCGCCAGAUCUUUGACUCGCGCGGUAACCCUACCGUCGAAGUCGAUCUGUUCACCGCAAAAGGCCGCUUCCGAGCUGCCGUUCCAUCCGGUGCUUCCACUGGUAUUCACGAAGCAGUCGAGCUUCGUGACGGUGACAAGGCCAACUAUGUCGGAAAGGGUGUAUCCAAGGCAGUAGCCAACGUGAACGACAUCAUCGCUCCCGAACUCAUCAAGUCCGAGCUCAAAGUCACGUCCCAGAAAGAGAUCGACGACUUCCUCAUCAAGCUUGAUGGUACCCCCAACAAGGGAAAGCUCGGUGCUAACGCCAUCCUUGGUGUCUCCAUCGCCGUCUCAGAGGCUGCUGCCGCUGAGAAGGGAGUGCCUCUUUACCAGCACCUCGCCGAACUCGCGGGCGUCAAGCCCCCAUAUGUCCUCCCUUGCCCCGCAUUCAACGUCAUCAACGGUGGCUCGCAUGCAGGCAACAAACUCGCAUUCCAGGAGUUCAUGCUCCUCCCUACUGGUGCUACCUCGUUCACCGAGGCCAUGAAGAUCGGCACAGAAACCUACCACACUCUCAAGAAGGUCAUCAGCGCCAAAUACGGCAUCGAUGCCGUUAACGUCGGAGAUGAAGGAGGUUUCGCACCCAACGUUUCGGGCGCUGAUGAGUCGCUAGAGCUCCUGUCCGAGGCCAUCAAGAAAGCUGGCUAUGAGGGCAAGAUCAAGAUUGCACUUGAUGUCGCUUCCUCAGAAUUCUACAAGGAGGGCAAGUACGACUUGGACUUUAAGAACCCCAACUCAGACCCCACCAAGUGGAUCUCUGGUGUUGAGCUUGCAGACUUGUACCUUAGCUACGUCAAGAAAUACCCCAUUGUGUCCAUUGAGGACCCCUUUGACCAGGAUGACUGGGAAGCUUGGACUCAUUUCACGAAGCAGAGUGGUAUCCAGAUUGUCGGUGAUGAUCUGACUGUGACCAACCCUCUGCGUAUCAAGACUGCCAUCGAGAAGAAGGCAUGCAAUGGCCUGUUGUUGAAGGUCAACCAAAUCGGUACCAUCUCCGAAUCUAUCCAAGCUGCACAGCUCGCACAAUCUGAUGGAUGGGGUGUCAUGAUCUCCCACCGUAGUGGUGAGACGGAAAACACUAUUAUUGCAGAUCUGUCCGUUGCUCUCGGCGUCGGUCAAAUCAAGACUGGUGCUCCCGCUCGAAGUGAACGUGUCGCGAAGUACAACACUUUGUUGCGUAUUGAGGAUGAGAUCAAGGACACCGGUGCCACUUUUGCAGGAGGAAAAGGCCUUUCUGCAGGAUUGACGCCCCCUGCAUUGCUCAAAAAAUAAAUAUGUAAAGUGAUAUCUUAGGUUAGGGCAUGUUGAAGUAGACCUGCAGUAAUGUUGUUGUAUCAUCAGUAAAACAAUGCUAUCUUUAUUAGAUUCACAGAUGCACAAUGGUUACAAACACAAAACAAGUUUAACUUGAAGUCAUCGAUACCCAACAAUUGGACAUUCAAUAUGCAGAAGGUAAGUCAU